AUGGCGGGGACCAAGCGUUUGUCCACACGAGAUGUUGACUAUGCGCAAUUAAAUAAUUUUAGCUCUGUUGUUUUAUACAACAAUACUGCCCCGCGAAAGAAAAAAGGAAAGACUUUUCAAGUUGAAAGAAUAAUCGGAAGAAAGAAGGAAAAACACGUAAGUAUUAAAGUGAAAUUAGCUGAAUUUACAACUUAAAAUUUCUCUUAAGAAUAAAUGUCUGUACUAAAAGUUGACAUUUUGAAGUAAUUGACUCGUUAUUCAUUAUGUUAUUCUUGAUUUUGUUAUAUUAGGACUAUCUAUAUCUUAUUAAAUGGGAUGGAUGGCCUUUACACUCGUGCACAUGGGAACCUUCUGCUCAUUUGCCUGAUAGUUUACUAAGGUAAAGUUAAAGUGACGAUGAUAGACUUACACUAUUAAAUUUACACACGAUUCUGAUUCUCUUAUUUCUACACAUGAUACAUAUUAACCGAAUUUCUUCUGUCAUGUCGUUUCAAGGGGUUAUGAGAGACCGCCAAAGCCUUCUGCCAGCAGAUUGGAGACAACUGCCAGAGCAUUUGCAUGUGGUGGUUUGUGCAUGCUGAAGUCCAAAUCAAUGGGUAAUGGAUACAUCAAGCUCGAUCUUGAUUGCUGGCGUUAUGUUACCCAGGGUAAAGGGACACCAUCACAGCACAGAGGCCAUUUUAUGUUUGAAAAGAACGAUUUUGAUCGCCUUCCAAUGCUACCUCCCGACUGGUGGUAUUAUUUUAAUGUACAUGGGGAAGGUAAGAAAAUAGACUUCCCCAUUAAGAUUAAGCCUCUAAUUGGUUGGUCACCAAAGAAGCAUGUCUUUGAUGGCAAGAAAGUUGUACCGGGACCAAGGUUUCCAAUUGAAAAACUAAGUGUUUCCUUUGCUCGGCUACCCUGUAAUAAGAGAAAUCUUUUUAGUUAA